AUGCCCAAUGAAACGCUCGCCAAGCAUUUAUUUCAUUGGGAAAACCAGCCCAUGAAAUGGGCAAUGAGGCUGAGGGUGGCAUUGUACUUGGCACAAGCUUUGGAGUACUGUAGUAGCAAGGGAAGGGCAUUGUACCAUGAUCUUAAUGCUUACAGAGUCCUAUUUGAUCAGGAUGGUAAUCCUAGGCUUUCUUGCUUUGGCUUGAUGAAGAAUAGUAGAGAUGGCAAAAGUUACAGCACAAAUUUGGCUUUCACUCCUCCGGAAUACUUAAGGACAGGAAGAGUGACACCAGAAAGUGUAGUUUACAGCUUUGGAACCAUGUUGCUUGAUCUUUUGAGUGGCAAACAUAUUCCACCCAGCCAUGCACUUGAUCUCAUUCGGGGGAAGAAUUUCCUGAUGCUGAUGGAUUCUUGUUUAGAGGGUCAUUUUUCUAAUGAUGAUGGAACUGAACUGGUGAGGUUAGCCACCCGAUGUUUACAAUAUGAAGCUCGUGAGAGGCCUAAUGCAAAGUCACUUGUUACUGCUCUUUUGUCUCUUCAAAAAGAUUCAGAGGUUCCUUCUUAUGUUCUGAUGGGCAUAUCUCAUGGUUCUGCAAGCCCAGUGGAACCAUUGCUGUUGACACCUAUGGGUGAAGCUUGCUUGAGAAUGGAUCUCACUGCCAUCCAUGAAAUGUUGGAAAAGGCUGGAUAUAAGGAUGAUGAAGGAAUUGCAAAUGAGCUUUCUUUCCAGAUGUGGACAAAUCAAAUGCAGGAAACUUUGAAUUCUAAGAAGCAAGGAGAUGCAGCUUUUCGAGCAAAGGAUUUCACCACUGCCAUUGAUUGUUAUACACAGUUCGUUGAUGGUGGAACCAUGGUGUCACCCACUGUAUAUGCCAGACGCUGCUUAGCCUAUCUGAUGAGUGAAAUGGCACAAGAAGCUCUGGGGGAUGCUAUGCAAGCUCAUGUAGUAUCGCCCGAAUGGCCCACUGCCUUCUACCUUCAAGCAGCCGUCCUGUUCACCCUAGGGAUGGACAAUGAUGCUCAAGAAUCACUUAAAGAAGCCACAAAGUUUGAAGCAAAAAGGAACAAGAAUUAGAUGUGUAAAGGUUUGCUAUAUUGGUUGUCAAAAAUUCUUAAAAUUUCUUGUAUGUAUUGCCCAGUUUCUUUUGCAACUCAAGCGGGUAUCAGGGGAGGAAAAAAAAAUUUUAAAAAUAAAAAAAAUAUGGAGAGAAAAAAAAUCUGUUGGUGGUUUUUAAGUAUUGUUUGUUUAUUCCUGAGAAUUACUCCUGCAAUUUUGUAAAUGCAUUGAUUAUUACUUUUGACUC